AUGAAGCAGCUCCACCGCCAGCCCAGCCUCAGCAAGCAGCACCGCCCGCACCACCGCGCCUCCCUCUCCCGCUCCCUCGCCUCCUACCUCCUCCGCGAGCACCGCCUCCUCUUCGUCCUCCUCGGCUUCCUCCUCGCCUCCUCCUUCUUCCUCCUCUACCCCGCCCUCGCCCCGCACCCUAUCUCCCUCUCCUCCGCCGCAUACGCUGCCACCGCCACUUCUGCCAUCAGAAACCCCCGCGUCUUCUCCUUCUCCACCGCCAACGCGUCGCCGCGCCGCCUCCCCGUCGGCGUCCGCAAAAAGCCCCUGCGGGUGGUCGUCACCGGCGGCGCCGGCUUCGUCGGCAGCCACCUCGUGGACAAGCUCCUCGCCCGCGGGGACAGCGUCAUCGUCGUCGACAACUUCUUCACGGGCCGCAAGGAAAACGUCGCGCACCACCUCGCCAACCCUCGCUUCGAGCUCAUCCGCCACGAUGUCGUCGAGCCCAUCCUCCUCGAGGUCGACCAGAUCUACCACCUCGCCUGCCCCGCCUCCCCCGUCCACUACAAAUUCAACCCAAUCAAGACCAUCAAGACAAAUGUGAUGGGGACGUUGAACAUGCUGGGACUGGCGAAGAGGGUCGGUGCCCGGUUCUUGCUCACCAGUACCAGUGAGGUGUAUGGUGAUCCUCUAGAGCAUCCUCAGAAGGAGAGUUACUGGGGCCAUGUCAAUCCCAUAGGUAUAAGGAGUUGUUACGACGAGGGAAAGAGAACAGCAGAAACUCUGACCAUGGAUUACCAUCGUGGUGCUGGCGUUGAGGUUAGAAUUGCUCGCAUAUUCAACACGUACGGCCCUCGUAUGUGUUUAGAUGAUGGCCGGGUUGUUAGCAACUUUGUUGCACAGACUUUGCGAGAGCAGCCAAUGACGGUUUAUGGUGAUGGAAAGCAAACAAGAAGCUUUCAAUAUGUUUCGGAUUUGGUUGAUGGGUUGAUAACUCUGAUGGAAAAUAAGUACAUUGGACCUUUCAACUUGGGAAACCCUGGGGAGUUUACCAUGUUGGAGCUUGCUCAGGUAGUGAAAGAGACAAUUGACCCAAGUGCGCGUGUUGAAUUUAAACCCAACACCGCCGAUGAUCCGCACAUGAGAAAACCUGACAUCUCAAAGGCCAAAUCUCUUCUCAAUUGGGAGCCAAAAGUCUCUCUGAAGCAAGGCCUGCCACGCAUGGUUUCAGACUUCCAGAAACGCAUCUUGGAUGAGAAAUGA